UUAAAAUCAAAGAAACAACAACAAAAUGGAGAAAGAACUAGAUUUAAUCAACAGCACUUUGAACAAUGCCUUGGCCAAGCUGGUGGAGACUAAAAGGAACCAAAACAAGAAUGAUGAUUGGCAGAAUCGCAAGGAGAAGAUCGCCAGGCUCAUAAGGCUGCACAUUCAACAUGUGCAGCUAACUGUGAUUACACACAGACGUCGGUCGCAGCAGCGGAGCAGGCGCCGUUUUAAGCAGAUGCGUUCGUUUUUCAUGCAACAAAUGAUAGAGAUGCAAUCCAACUAUAUGCAGAUGUACGCCAUGCUGCGCCUCAAGCGUGCUAGCCUGGAAGACGAGGAGUCCGAGGACAGCGACGCCAACGUGGAGCCUGAAGACAAUCAGACCUUCUCUGAGGACAUAUUUCCGGAUCUCAGCGAUGAAGAGUUCCUUAACAAACUGCACAUAACCCGGAGCACCUUUAAAGCGCUUUGCCGGCAGCUAACACCUGCAAUGCGCAAGACCGCAAGCAAAAGCUCGCUCGAAAUUUCCCUGGACAAAUGCGUUGCCUUGGCGCUCUACUAUCUAGCCAGUGGCGAGCGCAUAUCGAUCAUAUCGAAUUUGUUUUCCGUACCAAGGCUGAAGACAAUCAAGUGCCUGAAACUCUUCUGUAACGCCGUCAUGUUAACCUUAGGAAAGGCCCUACGCAAACUGCCACAAACCGAGCCAGACUGUGCCAGUGUGAUGGUCGGCUUCCAGAAGGAAAGCAACAUGCCGGCUGCCCUCGUUGGUAUUCUGGGCGUGUGCUCUAUCCCUAUACGUGCCAGCGGCGGCACCCAGAAUUCUGCUGGUCAAUCGGUUAUGCGCAUGGAGUUUCUCCUAGACGACCGUAUGUUCUUCCGCGAACUAUGGCUCGACAACGGAAGCAAGGCCUUGCUGAUGCCAAUGUUCUCAAAAGCUCCAAACCGACUUACCGAGCUGCCUCAGGUACCCAUAAAUGGGCGUCUAAUUUCUCCCUUUGUUUUGGUUCCGCCUCAACAAAAUUAUCCGCUGCGUCGUUGGUUACUCCAGCGCUAUGCGGAUCCGAUUGCUCCACACGAACACGACUUCAAUGAAGUUGCGGAGCGUCUGCAGGAGUUGAGCGACUGUGCCCUGCACCGCCUGAUGUCGCGUUGGAACUUUUUCAUCCAGCCGCUGGACAUCCGUUUCAAUACGGCGUCCUGCAUUAUUACAGCUUCUGCAGUACUGCACAACCUGCUGGAGCAGAUUAGCGAGCCGCACAUGCUGGAAUGGGGCAACGCAGUGGACGUCUCAAAGUUUAAAUCAGUCCCACUGUCCGACUGCUGCGAAGACGUCGAAGGCGAGACGGAUAAAGGUUUGCGCGUACGCGACUUUCUGGCGCGGACCAUAAGUUCCACUGAAAUCUAACUUCGCAUACAAUAUUCCGUAUUGCAAUAAAAAAAAUUUAGUUAAGAUACAUUUAA